UGUCCCAUGAGCUUCUGAAGCUGCUGCUGUACCUCUCUCUCUCUGAAGAAUGAGCUUCACUCCAGACUGCAACUUCCUUCCUCUGUUUAACAUCCAGUAUAUGAAGAUCUGAAGACAGAAGUUUCAAAAUCAACAGAUGAAGGCCUUAUGCCCGAAACAUUGACUCUCCUGCUCCACAGAUGCUGCCUGACAACCUGCACUUUUCAACACUGACUCUCCAGUGUCUGCAGUCCUCACUUUGACGUCAAUGUCUGACAGUCACUCAGUCCAUCAGGACCAUAACAGUUUUCAACUGAGUCUGUGAGAAGGAGCAAAGCAUUUUGGUUCCUGUUUGAGCAGGUUUUCAGCAUCAGUGGGACUGGAUGAGAGACCCUACCGUUGCAGUGCACUGAGUGAGGAGCGUGUAAUAUCUAUACGGCCUGGGAAGAGGAAUUCAUGUUGGGGAGGGUCUCCACACGUUUGUGUGCAGCUCAAGCUUCGGCCAUGGAAAAGCCCAAGGAAUCCCGCCCUGUGGAGAAACGGUGGAUGUGUGGUGACUGCGGGAAAGGCUUCCGUGCUCCGUCUGCCCUGGAGGUUCAUCGGCACAUCCACACGGGGGAGAAGCCAUUCUCCUGCCCCGAAUGCGGUAAGGGCUUUACCCAGGACUCUACCUUGCUGACCCACUGGUGUAUCCACACAGGGGAGCGGCCCUUCAACUGCCCUGAAUGUGGGAAAGCCUUCAGGAAUUCCUCGAACCUGCUCAGGCACCAGCGGCUCCACACUGGGGAAAGGCCAUUCAGCUGCCCCGAGUGCGGGAAGGCCUUUGUCCGGGCCUCCCACCUCCUGACCCACCAGCGGGUCCACACGGGGCAGAGGCCCUUCAGCUGUCCUGAGUGUGGGAAGAGAUUUACCCAGGCCUCCAACUUGCUGACCCACCGGUGGGAAUCCCGCCCUGUGGAGAAACCGUGGAAGUGUGGAGACUGUGGGAAAGGCUUCCGUUUCCUGUCUGCUCUGGAGAUUCAUCUGCGCAGUCACACCGGGGAGAGGCCAUUCCCCUGCACCGACUGUGGGAAGGCCUUCAGACAUUCCUCCCACCUGCUGGCCCACCAGCAGGACCACACGGGGGAAAAACCCUUCAGCUGCCCCGAGUGCGGGAAGGCCUUCGUGUUUUUCUCCGCCCUGUUGGCCCACCAGCGGGUCCACACAGGAGAGAGACCAUUCAGCUGCCCAGAGUGCGGGAAGGCUUUUACCAACAACUCCAACCUGCGGACCCACCAGCGGAUCCACAUGGGGGAAAGGCCCUUCAGCUGCCCCAAGUGUGGGAAGGCCUUCAGCAACUCCUCCGCCCUGCUGUUCCACCAGCAUGUUCACACCGGGGAGAGGCCGUUCACCUGCUCUCAGUGCGGGAAGGGCUUCACCUGCUCCUCUACCCUGCGGAGCCACCAGCGGGUCCACACAGGGGAGAGACCGUACGUCUGCUCUCAGUGCGGGAAGGGCUUCACCUGCUCCUCUACCCUGCGGAGCCACCAGCGGGUCCACACAGGGGAGAGACCGUACGUCUGCUCUCAGUGCGGGAAGGGCUUCAUCUGCUCCUCCACCCUGAUGAGGCACCAGCGAGUCCACACCGAGGAGAGGCCGUUCACCUGCUCUCAGUGCGGGAAGGGCUUCAUGUGCUCCUCCGCCCUGCUGACCCACCAGCGGGUCCACACGGGGGAGAGGCCCUUCAGCUGCCCUGAGUGCGGGAAGGCCUUCAGGGAUUCCUCCACCCUGCUGACCCACCAGCGGGUCCACACCGAGGAGAGGCCGUACAUCUGCUCUCAGUGCGGGAAGGGCUUCAGGUAUUCCUCCACCCUGCUGACCCACCAGCGGGUCCACACCGAGGAGAGGCCGUACAUCUGCUCUCAGUGCGGGAAGGGCUUCAUCUGCUCCUCCCACCUGCUGACCCACCAGAGGAUCCACACCGGGGAGAGGCCGUUCAGCUGCCCCGAGUGCGGGAAGGCCUUCAGCAGAUCUUCCUCCCUGCUGACCCACCAGCGGAUCCACACUGGGGAGAGACCUUACACCUGCUCUCAGUGCGGGAAGGGCUUCAGCACAUCCUCCACCCUGCUGACCCACCAGCGGGUCCACACCGGGGAGAGACCGUACACCUGCCCUCAGUGUGGGAAGGGCUUCAGCACAUCUUCCUCCCUGCUGACCCACCAGCGGGUCCACACCGGGGAGAGGCCGUACAUCUGCUCUCAGUGCGGGAAGGGCUUCACCUGCUCCUCCAACCUGCGGAGCCACCAGCGAGUUCACGUGCCAUUGCAGGGGGAUUGAAGGAGUGACGGCCGAGUCCCAUUAUCGAUUGGACUAUCAACCCGGUUCCGGGGACUCCCGGGUUUGAAUCCCGCCACGACAGAUGGCAGAAUUGUGCAGGGAGGAGAAGAUGAAACGAUGGAUAGAUCAGCCAUGAUCUUAAUGAAUGACGGAGCAGGCUCACUUGGAGCAACUGGAGUGAAUCCAGAGAGGGAGUAGACUUUGCGACCUCAGGAUCUGAAGAUGGAAGUUUCAAAAUCAACAGAUGAAGGCCUUAUGCCCAAAACGUCGACUCUCCUGCUCCUCGGAUGCUGCCUGACCUGCUGUGCUUUUCUAGCACCGCACUUACUGACUCUGACUCUCCAGCGUCUGCAGUCCUUACUUUGACGUCCAUGUCUGACAGUCAUUCAAUCCAUCGGGACCGCAACAGUUUUCAACUAUGAUUCUGUGAGAAGGAGCAAAGCCUUUUGGUUCCUGUUUGGGUACGUUUUCAGCAUCAGUGGGACUGGAUGAGAGACCCUACCGUUGCAGUGCACUGAGUGAGGAGCGUGUAACAGCUAUACGGUUUGGAAAGAGGAAUUCACGGUGGAGAGAAGCUCCACAUGCGUUUGUGUGGGGCUGAAGCUUCGGCCAUGGAGAAACCCGAGGAAUCCCGCCCCGUGGAGAAACCAUGGAAGUGUGGCGACUGUGGGAAAGGCUUGUUUCCCGUCUGCUCUGGAGACUCAUUGGCGCAGUCACACUGGAGAGAGGCCGUUCCCCUACCCUGACUGCGGGAAGGGCUUCAGCGAUUCCUCAAACCUCCAGACCCACCAGUGGAUCUACAUGGGGAAGACGCCCUUAAGCUGCCCCGAGUGCAGGAAGGCCUUUACCCAGGCCACCUCCUUGCUGACCUCCCAGCGGGAUCACGUGGCAUUGCAGGGGAAUUGAAAGAAAGACGGCCGAGUGCCUUGACCAACUGGACUAUCAACCCAGUUCCAGUGGCUCCCGAGUUCGAUUCCCACCGCGACAGAUGGUGGAAUUGGAAUUUGGUCAGAAAUCUGGAGUUCAGAAUCUAACGGUGAAACCAUUGUCGGUGGGGUGGGGGUGGAAGAAAACCCCCAUCUGAUUCACUCAGUUCUUUUUUAGGGAAGACUUGAGCAGUUAUUAGAGCAGUCGUCCCAGCUGCAUCCUUUACCCGGUCUGGCCUACACGUGACUCCAGACCCACAGUAGUCUGGUUGACUCUACGCUGCUCAUCCAACUUACUUGGAUACAGGUUGAAAUUGCUGAGUGAGGCAAUACAUCCUCCAGGUUAAGGCUAUACCAAGGAUCCAAUUACAAAGGGACAACUCAGUGGUGACCAAUAAUGGAGAAAGUGAGGGGUUGCACUUUGACCUUGAGCUGUUUUUAAAACAUUGCUACUUUUUCUACACCUUUCUGCUGGGAGAUUCUGAAGCUGUAACAAA